AUGAAAGCUGUCCAAAUCAGCCAAUAUGUCUCCGGGCCCCAAGAGCUCACAGUAACCAACCUACCCACCCCCAGCCCUCACCCCGAUAAAUACCUGAUCAAGAUCCGUGCGUGCGGGACCAAUUUCUUCGAUAUCCUCCAAAUCCAGGGCAAAUACCAACAUCAGCCACCUCUACCAUGGCUAGCAGGCAUGGAGUUCGCCGGCGUGGUCGUGGCAACCCCAACCAGCUCCGGCUCCACCUCCGGUGCAGUUGCUAGCAGUAUGGACGGCACUGUCAGCAGUCGAACAAGCCAUCAAUUCAAAGUUGGCGACAGGGUCUUUGGUGCCAACCAAGGUGCAUACGCUACGCAUGUUCUUGCUGCGGAAGAAGCACUCUUUCCCGUCCCUGAAGGCUGGUCCUUCGCAGAUGCGGCUGGUGUCUACGUGACGACUCCGACUGCAUAUGGAGCGCUAGUCACACGGGCAAAAACACAACCUGGAGAAUGGGUGCUCGUCCAUGCCGGUGCUGGAGGUGUCGGUCUGUCGGCGGUGCAAGUGGCCAAGGCUCUAGGGGCGACCGUCAUCGCCACAGCCGGUUCUGAGCGAAAACGGCAAGUCUGCUUAGACUUCGGAGCCGAUUACGUGAUUGACUAUCGAGAGAAAGACUGGCCACAGAAGGUUAUUGCACUCUGUGCGAAACAUCGGACAGGCAAUGGAAAGGCCGGGGUUGACGUCGUGUACGACCCAGUUGGCAUGAUCGAUCUUUCGAUCAAAUGUAUAGCAUGGAACGGCCGACUACUGGUGAUUGGAUUCGCUGGCGGAAACAUCGAGAAACUUGCCCUGAACCGAGUCCUCCUGAAGAACAUCAGCAUUGUGGGUCUACAUUGGGGCAUGUACAACACCAAGGAGAAGGACACGGUGAAAGACGUCUGGAAGGGCAUCUUCGAGCUGAUCGCGACAGGGAAACUGAGGGGAAUCACCUACACAGAUAAGACAUACAAGGGGCUUGAGCAGGUCCCCAAUGCACUGACCGCCCUAGGUGCAAGAGAUACAUGGGGUAAAGUCGUUGUCGAGCUGGGAGAGCACGAAGGUGAGGAGACCAGGAGCAAGCUAUAA